AUGGGAUUAAGUGGGGCUAAGCCUGCUUACACACCCUUGGAGGCCAAUGCAAAACUCACUUCAGUAGAAUAUGAUCAGGCAAAUGAAGUUAAGGAUGAUCCCCUGUUGCAGGAUAUCAGUGCCUAUCGAAGGCUAGUUGGAAAGUUGAUGUAUGUCACCAUUACAAGACCUAACAUCAAUUAUGCUGUGCAAACCUUGAGCCAGUUCAUGCAAAGGCCCAAGAAGUCUCAUUGGGAUGCUGCAGUUAGAGUUGUAAGAUACUUAAAGAAUGCACCGGGACAGGGAAUCGUAAUGGCUUCUAAUCAUACAGGGGAGUUAACAUGCUGGUGUGAUUCAGACUGGGCAGCAUGUCCCAAUACAAGAAGGUCAGUUACUGGUUAUGUGAUAAAGUUUGGAACUUCCUUGGUGUCUUGGAAAUCAAAGAAACAACAAACUGUGUCAAGAAGCUCAGCUGAAGCUGAGUACAAAAGCAUGGCUGCUACAACUGCUGAAAUUGUAUGGUUACUAGGUCUGUUUAAAGAGUUGGGUGUGAAGAUUACACAACCAGUGACAAUUCUUAGUGAUAGUAUGUCUGCCAUUCAGAUUGCAGCAAAUCCCAUACUACAUGAACGAACAAAACAAAUAGAAGUCGAUUGUCAUUUCAUUAGGGACAAGAUCAAAUAA